UUUUCGUAAUUUAUAUCUUCUGAAAGUUCAUAUAAAGCAUAGCCUUUUUAAACAAGAAAACUGAGAGAUUAAAAUGGCGAGGUCAAUAAAAUCAUUUAGCAUGUUAACAGCCCUAGUUUCAUUGCUAUUUGGAUUAUCUUCAGUUACAGCAGACGACGUCGUUGUUAUCACCGGUGACAAUUUCGACAGAAUCGUCGGCAAAGAUCGUAAUGCUCUCGUCGAGUUCUACGCUCCUUGGUGCGGCCAUUGUAAGAAGCUUGCUCCGGAAUAUGAGAGCCUUGCCACAAGUUUCAAGAAGGCAAAAUCUAUUUUGAUUGGGAAGGUGGACUGUGAUGCUCAUAAGAGCCUCUGCAGCAAAUAUGAUGUAUCUGGAUACCCUGCUAUUAAAUGGUUUCCUAAAGGUUCUUUGGAACCAAAGAAGUAUGAAGGUGCACGCACUGCAGAAUCCCUCGCUGAAUUUGUGAAUACUCAAGGAGGAACAAAUGUAAAGAUAGCUGCUACGUCUUCAAACAUACUGGUACUAACACCAAAUAAUUUCGAUCAAGUUGUUUUGGAUGAAACAAAAGAUGUUUUGGUCGAGUUCUAUGCACCAUGGUGUGGCCACUGUAAACAACUUGCUCCAACUUAUGAAAAGGUCGCUACGGCAUUUAAAUUGGAGAAAGAUGUAAUCAUCACUAACGUCGAUGCUGAAAAGUAUAAAGAUUUGGCCGGGAAGUAUGGUGUAAGCGGCUAUCCCACUCUGACAUUCUUUCCAAAGAACAACAAAGCUGGUGAAAACUAUGGUGGUGGACGGGAUUUGGAUGACUUUGUAGAUUUCAUUAAUGACAAAUGUGGCACCAGUCGUGAUGGGAAAGGACAACUUACUCCAAAAGCUGGUAUAGUUACUAGUUUGGAUUACUUGGUCAAAGCAUUUGUCAAUGCUGGCAGUGAUGAAAAGAAAGCAUUCCUUGCUCAGAUAGAAGAAGAAGUUGAGAAGCUUAAGGGUGCAGCUGCAAGAUAUGGCAAGAUCUACUUGAAAGCUGCCAAGAAUUUCGUGGAUAAAGGUGAAGAGUAUCCCAAGAAUGAGAUCCAUCGGCUUGAGCGCAUGCUCGAAGAGUCAAUCAGUGAAGCAAAGGCAGACGAGUUCAUUCUGAAGAAGAAUAUUUUGUCAACUUUUGCUUGAUCUACAUAAGAAGCUGCAAGUAUAGUCACAUCCUUGCUUGGUUUGGAUCGCAUACGCAAACCUUUUACUGGCGACAAAGUCCGAGCGAUGUUCAGUGCUGGGAAAAUACUAUUCUGGUGCAGGUGUUGGCAUCCGAAACUAUAAAAACAGUAGAGAAUUAAAUGAUAAAUUACUCAAUAUUUCACAUUGAAAUUUCUGAAGCAAUACUUUAUUUUCAUGUUAUUAUACGAGGAAGUAGUAAAUUCAGGAUGAUUUAUGACAAAUUGCUUAGAUGAAAUAACUGUGCUGUGCUAAAUUUAGAUUCGUACUUGCAUAAAGUUGGGCUUGUCUGAGCACAGAACGGAAAUUUUUGCUUGGUGUAUCUUUGUUAACAAUUUAUCGUUUUCUU